AUUUGUUAUUGUUUGAGAAACGUUAUGUUUCGUGAAAACCAAAUACUGCCUUCGAACAGCAAAAAUAUCAUCCCAACCGCCAAGCAUGGUGGUGGGAAUGUGGUUUGGGGCUGCUUAGCUGCCUCAGGACCUGGACGGCUUGCCAACAUUGACAAAACCAUGAAUUCUGCAUUGUAUCAGAAUAUGCUAGAGGAGAAUGUCAGGCCGUGAGCUGAAGCUGAACCGAAAGUGGGUCUUGCUGCAAGACAAUGAUCCUAAACAUACAAGCAGAUCUAAAAAAGAAUGGCUGCAGAAGAAGAAAUUCCACAUUUUACAAUGGCCUCGUCAAAGUCCGGACCUAAACCCCAUCGAAAUGUUGUGGCAGGACCUGAAAGGUGCUGUCCAUGAAAGGCAACCCUCAAAUAUCACCGAGUUAAAGGAGUUCUGUAAGGAGGAAUGGGCCAAAAUUCCUCAAAUCCGAUGUGAGAGAAUGACCAACGGUUCCAGGAAACGUUUAGUUGCAGUCAUUGCUGCUCACGGGUGUCUCCAGUUACUCAAUCUAAAGGUUCACAAACUUUUUGCACACAUGGUUAUUGAAUGUCGAAUCAUUUGCGGAUGAAUAAAUGUUGAAAGAGUGUUUUUGUUCAUUUGUUUAAUCGGAUAAUUUAAAAAAUAUAUUUUAUUAGGACUUAAAUUGAGAUCUAAUAUCAUUUUAAGUUUGAAAUGUGUGAAAAUUCUAAGGGGUUCACACUUUUUAUUGGCACUAUAUAUAAAAGUGGCUAUUGUAUUAUUGAUAUAUUUCGCCGCAUGCACUCUCUUGUUACCUGUAGAAUUGAGAUCAGGGUCGAAUGGCGACGAUACAAAUGUCUUCAUGAGUUGUCCACGUUUUUCAACGGUUUUACUUAACUUGACUCCUGUGUCGUGGUCAAAUCGUCAAAUCUUGUAAUCUACAUUUCGUCCACUUCCCGUUGUCCAAUCAAUCCCUAAUUUUGCACACGUACUCAGAUCCGGUGACAAUGCAUGCCUGUAUCAAAAUCGGCAUCAAAUAAUGAAUUAAUUGGCUCCUUGAAAGCAAUUAACGUUUUGUAUGGACGACUUAUUAAUUAUAUAUUUGUGGUGGUAAAAAACGCCGCGGUCCCUAAACUCUGCAAUCGGCUUGCCCAAGAAGCAGGCGCCACGUGUCGCAGGCGCUCCUGCUCCGUGUCAACGAGAUACAAAAGUUGUACAUUGAAGAUGCAUGAAUAAAAUAACCUAUUAAUUCAAGUCAGCGUUGAUGUGGGAGCAGGCGCGGCAUCAUUGACGUACUUCUCGAUGAAAAUCGGAAGCCGGAAGGGAUGCAUUCUGCUGUCCCGCAUCCGCUGCGUGGACCGUGUGCUGACCACCCCCUACACCAGCCCAGAGAAGCGCUUCCCCUUCCAAGUGAUAUAUGACCAGAAUGGGUGCCUCUACGUGUUUGCCCCAAAUGAAGUCAGCCAACAUACAUGGGUCUCGAUGCUCAAGCAAGAAAUCCAACACAAUGCCUGCCUGUGGGUCAAAUAUCACCCGCACUUCUGGAGUGAGGGCAUGUGGCUCUGCUGCCAGCAAACCGCAAGGAACGCCAUCGGCUGCACGGAGUACCAGCGCAUGAGCAGAGCUGGUAACACAGCUGUCCCAAAUAACUUACCGCCACCUCCGCAGAGCCCCCUGCCAAGCCCCCCUUUGCCGCCACUACCCCCUUCACCCCCCACAUCCCCACUUCUGCAAUCGUCUCCAUCCCCGAUGGGCCCACUUCAUCAAAUGACCCAAUCGGUCGCCCCCACCCUGCCGCCCGCAACUCCGCAUCCUCCAUCGUGCCCCACACUGGCAGCAAAUGAAUCCCGCACAGCAACGGAGGCAGCGGCGGCAGCAGCGGGAGACGGGGAAACGGCAAUGUGGGUGGAGGCUCUGUACAACCUGACGGUCACCGAGAGCCAGGAUCUUUCGCUGGUGGCUGGGCAGGAGUACCGCGUGCUGGACCACUCGGACGAGUAUUGGUGGAAGGCCAGGGACAAGCAAGGGAGGGAAGGCUUCAUACCGAGCAACUACGUGAUGGAGAAGACAUUCAAGGGACUGGAGGCAUACGAGUGGUAUUCAAAGGACAUCUCCCGUUCCAUGGCCGAACAGCUGCUCAAGGAAGAGGGAAAAGAAGGAGGAUUUGUCGUAAGAGACUCGAGCCAUGCGGGAGUUUACACCGUGUCCAUAUACACCAACAGUUUGGGUGACACUGGCGUUGUGAAGCACUAUCAGAUCAAGGAAGUGUGUGAACCACAGAGGAUGUACUACGUUGCUGAAAACCACCUCUUUGAAAACAUCCCGAAUCUCAUCAACUAUCACCAGCACAACUCGGCAGGGCUGGUGGCGCGGCUGAAACAUUCGGUGUUGUCACGGGCCAGGACGGCAUCUUUCUCCUCAGGCCAGAGCAGUCAAUGGGAGAUCGACCCGAGUGAGCUGAGCCUCCUGCAGGAGCUGGGGAGCGGUCAGUUUGGCGUGGUGCGUCUAGGCGUGUGGAAGCGCGUACGAGGCAACGUGGCCAUCAAAAUGCUGCACGAGGCCACCAUGUCCGAAGACGACUUCAUUGAGGAGGCAAAGACCAUGAUGAGGCUGUGGCACCCCAAGCUCGUGCAUUUCUAUGGGGUGAGCUGCCGCAAGAGGCCCUUCCUGCUCGUCACCGAGUACAUGGAGGCCGGCAACCUGGAGAGCUUCGUACGGGAGCGGCGCGGCGCCAACUCGGCCUCGCAGCUCCUGCAGAUGUGCGCCGAUGUGUGCGAGGCCAUGGCCUACCUGGAGAGGGAAAGCUUCCUGCACAGGGACCUGGCUGCUCGGAACUGCCUGGUGAACGCACAGGGGACGGUGAAAGUGUCCGACUUCGGCAUGAGCAGGUACGUGCUGGACGAUCAGUACACCAGUUCCUCUGGCACCAAGUUCCCCGUGCGCUGGUCACCUCCCGAGGUCUUCCUCAACAACAAGUUCAGCAGCAAGUCGGACGUGUGGGCCUUCGGGAUACUCAUGUGGGAGGUGUUCUCGGAGGGGAUGCUUCCGUACGAUCCGUGGAGCAACAGUAACGUUGUGGAGCAGGUGCAGGCCGGGUACCGUCUCUACCGGCCUGAGCGUGCAACCCAGCCUGUGCACCUCAUCAUGCACAGCUGCUGGCACGAGAGACCCGAAGAACGCCCUUCGUUUCAAAGUCUUCUGGAGUCCAUUCAGCACCAGCUUAAGUGAUAAGGGGUUGUGAUUUAUGGCAUACAGCAGUUUUUACUGCAAGAGUUAAAACAUUAAACACAGUGGAUGUAUUGUAUUCAUGGUGACAUCAAUGUAGGCCUCGGCAAGGUAAGGUAAUUUACCCUUUUUACCAGGUAAAAGGGUAAAGGUAAAGGUGUCGACAUACCAAGGAGUAAGGUAAAGGGUAGGGUAAAGGUAGCUCAGAAGAAUUACCCGGUAGGGUAAAGGUAGCACAAAGUAUUACCCGGUAAAUACGGUACCUUGUUUACCGCUUAAAGCUGCGGGGCGCAGUCCGUGGCUUCCAUUUAAUAAGUAACAUUUUUUUACUUUUUUUUUAAACACGCUUUAAUGAAAUGUACGAGUAAUGGCAGAACUC